UUAAGUAGCGAGCCCACGUCACAGCAAAUGAAAUGGCAGAGACGACUUGGGUGCUAGUCAGACAGGAUUCAACAUCCCAACAGAUGAACACCCACUCCUCGGUUCUUCCACUAGGAUGGUCUCUGAGGGUCAACUCUGAUGUUUCUCCACAAAGCUUGAAUCACGGACCCUGCAACACGGAAUGCAAUUUAUUCCGCCUUCCAGAGACGAAAAGCAUCAAAGCAAGCUUCCGGGAAUUUAAUUUCAGCGUUUGCAUCCAAGUCACCAGGGGCUCAGGAGGCCAGGCGGGACACACUGCCCCGCGCUCGCUCUCGCCUUCUCUCUCUGUCAGAGGUGAGCAGCUCCAGCUCCCCCAUCAGAGAUCUGAGGGUCUGCCCCAUGCCUACCUCGUUCCACCGCAUCGAAUGAAUCCCCACUCUUGCCCAGCCCCAUGGCCCCAUUUCCACCGCCCCUGGGAGGGCAGAGCUCCCCACUCCACUCUCACAGACUUGCUGACACACCCUCAGCCACUGCCCUGGCCCUGGUUUGCCUCUCUAGGCACCUUCUCCACUCUCUCAAGGUUAUCCAUUCUGAAAUAUUAUCACGUUCCUAUUACAGCCGUCCAAUGGCUCCCCAAACCCACAGAGUCAAGGAUCAGCUCCCAGCAGAGCUUCCAAGACUCCCCGUCAUCCAACCACCCCCUCCAUCUCCAGCCCCAUCUCACCACACCCACCACACACACACACACACACACACACACACACACACACACACACGGAGCAGUGCCGGGCCUCGGGGCUUCCCGCCUCCACCCUUCUCCUCCUCUUCCCAGAACACUCUGCCCACCCUCGUCACAUGCUCACCCUUCUUCGCCUGCCAGCUCCUCCUCGCCCUUCAAGACUCAGCUUGGCAUCACCCCACAGGGAGCGUCCCCUGGGCCGCGGGUUGGGAGGUGCCUCCUCUGAGGACUGGUCAGGCCUCUUGAUGGCUGCAGACAAGGCACCCGCUCCCUGGUGACACCUCUGCCCUUCCCCAUCUCACCCAGCAGCCUGACUCUGAAUUCAGCAUGGCCUUCCUCCUGGUCCUCAGGCCCUGCCACUGGGCCUCUGGGGUGAAGUGUUCCAUCUAUGUUCCUUGGAAGUCCUGAAGCACCGUGGAGGUUGCACUGGGUCUCCAGGCACCCACAGCAUCACAGCAAUAGAGGGACCAAUCCAGCCUCCCACUGAGCGGAGAGGGAAAUUGAGGCCCAGGGAGAAAGAUGGCGAAGCUUGGACAAGGACGCAGGUCUUUCGACCGUCAGAUGCGUGCCUUCUCACGUCAGCCCACAGGUUCCUCUUGCCGAGAUCCUCUCCAAGCUAACACCCGAUCGUGGAAACAGACCAUACUCAACCCAGCAAGUCUUCUAAAAGUCCUUGUGCUGUGGUCUGGGGACUGAGCUCUCUGGCUCUGGAUUGGACCAGAUCUUUGCACAGAUUCCAGCUCUAUCACUGCCCAGCUGGGUGACCUUAGAGAAGCCACUCACCUUCUGCACCUGCCUUCUCAUCUGUAAACUCGGCAUGGUAAGGAAACGAAGACUCCAGGAGCCUAUUUUCCAAAGGCCGCAUUACCAACAAAGGACAGACCGAGAUUUGGACUCUCAUGUCCUGAUCCCCGCCUCAGGCUCUUUCUGCCAGAACCACAGACAAAUCCACAAAGUGACCCUCCGUGAAUCUUAGAGGUCAUUUAAAGGUAGCGGUGUCUGCCUCGCUACUCAAAGUGUGGUCCGUGGACCAGCAGCAUCUGUACUCCCUCAGGGCCUGGUAGCUGUGCAGAAUCUCAGGCCCCAGGCUGGACCCGAGGAAUCAGAAUCUGCAUUUUAAUGAGGCCCCUGGGUGAUCUGUAUGCACACAACAGUUUGGGAAACAUUUGCCUAUGGGGUAUCAUUUCAGACUUUCAAGAAUUUUUACCAUUAGAAAUGAAGAUAACAACAACAGUCAGCAUCGUUAAACUCAGCAUCCUGAUCCAACCACAGACCGGUCCAAACUUUUCAAAAUAUCAUCUGAGCAGAAAAGCUUAUAAACUGCUUUGCUUAUCAGCCAACAGCUGACCUCAGAACCUUUGGCAAGACAAAAUGUUCUGCCCUCCCAAUGAGAUCAGUAUCGCAUUUCUGGUGGUGUAUUUAUCUAGUUUUCAUUGCUGACAUGUAUUACGUAACACCACCCCUCUUUCUUCUGCCAUCACUGGCUUAUUUGAACAUCUGACUUACCUUGACCCUAGAGCACAGUGCAGCUUAUGCAACAAUCUGAACGUUUCUCCUCAGAAGUCCCCUGUGUCCCCAUGGUGGCCUCGGCUCCUGUCCUCAUGCCGCAGACAAGAUAGCUGUGUCCCACCUCUGAUUCUCUAGGCGACUUUAGGAUCCAGCCCUGGCUGCGUGCUUACUGCCUCCCAUUCUUCGAGGAUUUUCUGGGCUUGACUAAGAGUCUUUCAGAUCUUCUUUCCCAACUGUGCUGGGCUUCGAGACUGCUCAGAGAACAGAGGCACCUGGCUCAGAACGUGUGUAGAUAAUACCAAGCAGAAUCUUCCUCCUCUCUCCGUGAUGGGGAAUGAGGGGGCCAGCAGGCAGAUCAGGACCAAGGAUGGGACCCGAGGGGUCGGCUGGGGAAGGAAGAGGUCCAGAGAGAACAGUGCUGAAAACCCAGGGUUCUAGGGUCCAACAGAACUGAGACUUGAUCCAGCUCGGCUUCUUAUUUGCUGGGUGACAUUGGGUAGAUUACUCACCUACUUUGAGCCUCUUGGUCUCAUCUAUAACAGGGAGAGGAUGAUGCCGACCUCUGGGACUAAGUUGGCUAACAUUAGUAAAAUUCUGGAUGCUAGGCUUGUCAUAUACAGACAUUCAAUAAGAGGGAGCUUGUUUUUUGAUUGUAGAGUAAGUCAUUGAGGGAGACAGCCCACAAAUGUCAUGAAACUUCCAAUUCUUAAAACACACACACAUGCUAACAUGUUUUCCUGCAUAAAAUUCAAUAAAGAAUAACUGAAAAAAUUA